GAGUCACGGCAGUGGCUGAGCUGCUGACAGGAGGCGGCGGCGGAGGUGGAGGCGAGGCAAGACCUGCGGCUCUGCAGGGCCACGGUCGCUGUAGCGCUAGGCAAGCUGACGGAGCCACGCCGGCCUCAGCCCACUUGCAAACCUCCCGCCUCGUGCCCACCCUUCAUCUGCCCGACUGGUCCGGGGCGGCCUAGUCUGCACCACCGACCCGGCUCCUGGGGCCGCCGCCCCGCGCGGUCCCGUCGGCGUCCCUGGCCGCGCCCGACCUCCGGCCCCCUAGCCCACCGGCACCAUGAUGGAGGAGAUCGACCGGUUCCAGGUGCCCACCGCGCACUCGGAGAUGCAGCCGCUGGACCCAGCCGCCGCCUCCAUCUCAGACGGAGACUGUGACGCCCGGGAGGGUGAGUCAGUAGCCAUGAAUUACAAACCAUCCCCGCUCCAAGUGAAGCUGGAGAAGCAGCGGGAGCUGGCCCGGAAGGGCUCCCUGAAGAAUGGCAGCAUGGGGAGCCCCGUCAACCAGCAACCCAAGAAGAACAAUGUCAUGGCCCGGACAAGGCUGGUCGUCCCCAAUAAAGGCUACUCCUCGCUUGACCAGAGCCCAGACGAGAAGCCACUGGUAGCCCUUGACACGGACAGUGAUGAUGACUUUGACAUGUCCAGAUAUUCCUCCUCUGGCUACUCCUCUGCUGAGCAGAUCAACCAAGAUUUGAACAUCCAGCUGCUGAAGGACGGCUACCGGUUAGACGAGAUCCCCGACGAUGAGGACCUGGACCUCAUCCCCCCCAAGUCCGUGAACCCCACCUGCAUGUGCUGCCAGGCCACGUCCUCCACCGCCUGCCACAUUCAGUAGCUGGCGGGGCCGCUGCGGCCGGCCGGGGUGGGGCCGCCGGGGGCCAGGUUGGACCAGGCAGGGGCCAACCCCUCCCCAGCUCGUCCACCUGCCCCCGGCCCCCGCGCACCCUACAGCCGCCAACCUCGUAACAGUCAUUGCUUCCUCCUAUGGUAGGACGUGUACCUCUGUGUGUUCAUGGAGCCGGAGAAACCAAAACCGGGUCUCUCUCCACCCCCGGGAGUGCUGAGGAGGGGAGGGGGCGGUUUGUUCAGUUACUUGGGGGACCUCACCCAGCAUCCUGCCCCCUCCCCAAAGCUGCAGCCCAGUAGAGGAAAGGGGUGACUGGACUGCAGGGAGGCCAACAGUAAUGAGUAGGGGAGGGAUCACAAAGCCAGGGGUUUGGACCCACCCACGUGAAGCCAUGAAUCCCCCAGCACCAGCCAAGGAAAGGGGCUGGGAAGGAGAAAGGCCCAGGGCAGUAGGGGCAGGGCCCAGCCCUUUAGAGCCGCCUCCACAUGCCCCCCUGCUGGCCCAUGUACCAUCUGCGUUUCUACCCUCAUCUCUAGAUGGGAAGCCUGACAAAGCUGCCCAGUGGGAUAUUGUCCCCCACCCCUUGGGGAUCACUGCCUUCUUUCUCCUCUUUGCCUCAUUCACCCCCUUCCUUGCUCUCUGGAUUUUGUGGAGGAUGAGGUGGGCGUUACAGACAGCCAGAGUUUAGGGUGGUAUGAUCUGCCCGCACCUACCCCUAACUAAUGCAUCUGUCUCUCUGUGCCCUGCCUCAUCGCCCCACCCAACACACACACACACACACAC